ACAGCUCACUUGAUACCAUUAUCUCAUUAACAGAUCUUUUCUCCUCCUCUUUACCGUUACUUAAGCACUUUCAAGAUGGCGGACGGUAUUGAUCGCAAGGCUGAUGAUAGGAUGGAGUUUACGACCUCCAAGGAGGUCACGGUUGCUCCGACCUUCGAGGACAUGCACUUGAAGGAGAACCUACUACGCGGUAUCUAUGCGUAUGGUUAUGAAUCGCCAUCCGCUGUCCAGUCUCGCGCAAUCGUUCAGAUUUGCAAGGGUCGCGAUACUAUUGCGCAAGCACAGUCUGGUACCGGUAAAACGGCGACUUUCUCAAUUAGUAUCCUGCAAGUCAUUGACACCGUUGUCCGUGAGACUCAAGCUCUCGUCUUAUCUCCUACCCGCGAACUUGCUACCCAGAUUCAGUCCGUCGUGAUGGCUUUGGGAGACUACAUGAACGUCCAAUGCCACGCCUGUAUCGGUGGAACUAAUGUCGGUGAGGAUAUUCGAAAGCUUGAAUAUGGACAACAUGUCGUCUCUGGAACCCCCGGAAGAGUUGCAGAUAUGAUCCGUCGCCGCCACCUGCGCACUCGCAACAUCAAGAUGCUAGUCCUCGAUGAGGCAGACGAACUCUUGAACCGUGGUUUCCGUGAGCAGAUCUAUGAUGUGUACCGUUACCUGCCUCCUGCAACUCAGGUUGUCGUUGUCUCCGCUACUUUACCUUACGACGUCCUUGAUAUGACGACCAAAUUCAUGACGGAUCCAGUGCGCAUUCUGGUCAAGCGUGAUGAGUUGACACUCGAAGGUCUCAAGCAGUACUUCAUUGCUGUCGAGAAGGAGGAGUGGAAGUUUGAUACUCUUUGUGAUCUUUACGACACUUUGACGAUCACUCAAGCCGUUAUUUUCUGCAACACUCGCCGCAAGGUCGACUGGCUUACCGACAAGAUGCGCGAGGCAAACUUCACUGUCUCCAGCAUGCACGGAGAGAUGCCGCAGAAGGAACGUGACAGUAUUAUGCAGGACUUCAGACAGGGCAACUCUCGAGUGCUCAUUUCGACCGACGUCUGGGCCCGUGGUAUCGACGUGCAACAGGUAUCGCUUGUCAUCAACUACGACCUACCCAGCAACCGUGAGAACUACAUCCACAGAAUUGGUCGAAGCGGUCGAUUCGGCCGGAAGGGUGUUGCCAUCAACUUCGUCACUAGCGAGGAUGUCAGAAUCCUCCGAGACAUCGAGUUGUACUACUCUACUCAGAUUGAUGAGAUGCCUAUGAAUGUCGCGGAUCUGCUGUCUUAAUGGAGGACUCUUAUUGCACGGAAUGUUCUUUCUCCUCACCUGUUACAAGACCUUUUCUUAGUCUCCCGUGUCGAAAGCGGGAUCCUCCUGGGCAACUAGCAUCAAGCGGGCAAUGGAUAAAAUCCAUCUUAGGGCCAGAGAUGGUUACAUUGCGUUCUCUGGCUGCAUCAUAGCAUAGCCAGAAACAA